AUCUUACAUUGCUGCUAACUUCACGCGGGAUUAGGUCGCACCGCUUCAUCUCGACUGCCGUUAACACUUCAACGGGCUGUCCUUUUAAAAGAACACUAUGAAUCAAGAAAAGCUUGCAAAACUCCAGGCACAAGUGCGGAUAGGUGGAAAGGGAACGGCCCGCAGGAAGAAAAAGGUUGUUCACAAAACGGCAACAGCUGAUGACAAAAAACUUCAAGGCUCGCUGAAGAAACUGGCAGUGAACAACAUUGCAGGGAUAGAAGAGGUGAAUAUGAUAAAAGAUGAUGGGACGGUGAUCCACUUCAACAACCCCAAAGUGCAGGCGUCUCUGUCUGCCAACACCUUUGCCAUCACGGGCCACGCUGAGAACAAGCAGUUGACAGAGAUGCUGCCGGGCAUCCUGAGCCAGCUGGGAGCCGACAGCCUCAGUAGCCUGCGAAAGCUGGCAGAGCAGUUCCCACGGCAAUCUAUGGACUUGAAAGCAGUCAAGGAAGAAAUUGCAGAAGAAGAGGAUGACGACGUACCAGAUCUUGUGGAGAACUUCGAUGAAGCCUCAAAGAAUGAAGCAAACUGAUGAAACCUUUUCCUCCAUCAACCGUUUUAUUUUUUACCUCUUAUGGACUCACAGAGGGCAUUUCCUCUUGUGGAGAAACCGUUGGUAAAGGUGCGAUGCAUCAUCAUCUCCAGAGACGUGAAUGACUGCGGUUUAGCCUGCCACAACAACAACAACAACAACAACAUGCAGAUACAGUAGGUUUUGAUUUCAGUAGACUGAGAUAUUGUGGACACACCAAGAAACAAGGAUCCUCACGAUGCUCUGCACCCAAAUGACUCAACUACUUUAGAAAUGGUCUUUCCACAUGAUCAAAUGUGGCUAGUAUUUAAGAGAUUGUUGUUUAUUAAUUUACAAAUAGUGACAUCUUCAUUGACUUUACAUUAUAGCGGUGAUUAUGAAUUUAAUAAAACAUUUUUGGGCUA